CGGCGGGAGAUUUUACCUCAGCCCGCCCCCUCGUGGGAGGGACCGGGAACGCGCGCACCAGGCUCAGCUCACCAGGGCGGUGGGCGCGGCUCCCAGGGACGGGGCCUGACCAGAGCCCCGCCCUCCUGGCAUAAAAAGGCGGCCCGGGCACCUGUCGGCUCGUACACAGCGGGAUGGACGGGAUGGACGACUUGGACGGAGGUCCUGAGGGCGGGGCUCCCUGGAAGAGGAUGUCUAAAGAGGAGCUGGAGAAUCAGUACUCCCCCAGCAGAUGGGUCGUCCGACUGGGAGCAGAGGAGGCCUUGAGGACCUACUCACAGAUAGGAAACGAAGCUACCAAGAGGGCCCAGGCCACCGGGAGGAACCUGCUCGAUGUGCCCUAUGGAGACGGCGAAGGGGAGAAACUGGACAUCUACUUUCCUGAGGCAGUGUCUGAAGCCUUGCCGUUCCUCGUGUUUUUUCAUGGAGGAUACUGGCAGAGCGGAAGUAAAGACUCGUCAGCCUUCAUGGUCGGCCCACUGACAGCACAGGGAGUGGCUGUGGUGAUAGUGGCCUAUGACGUUGCCCCCAAAGGCACCCUGGACCAGAUGGUAGCCCAGGUGACCCAGAGCAUCGUGUUUGUCCAGAAACAGUAUCCAGGCAACCAGGGAAUUUACCUGUGCGGACACUCAGCUGGGGCUCACCUCGCCGCCAUGAUGCUCCUGGCCAACUGGACCAAGCAUGGAGUCACGCCCAACCUCAAAGGCUUCUUCCUGGUGAGUGGGAUCUAUGACCUGGAGCCUGUCAUGCACACCUCUGAGAAUGCCUCUCUCCUCACAACCCUGGAGGAUGCUCAAAGGAACAGCCCACAGUGGCACCUGAAGACGGCCCCGACACAGCCUGUGGAUCCAGCCUGCCGCAUCCUGGUGACUGUGGGCCAACACGACAGCCCCGAAUUCCACCGACAGUCCAGGGAACUUUAUCAGACUCUGCGCCGAGGAGGGUGGAAAGCCUCCUUUGAAGAGCUCCAUGACGUGGAUCACUUUGAAAUCCUUUGGAACCUAACCCAGAAGGACUACGUGCUCACCCAGGUGCCACUCCAAGAAACUAUCACGGGGACUUCGGCCCAUUCUCCACUCCUCUUCCUACCACUGUUUGCAAGUAGCUGGGAUGGGAGUACGCGGGGCGGGGUUGGGUCGGUGCCUGGUGAGUAGAAGCAGAGACAUGUGGCGGGAGGACUACAACUCCCAGCGUACCCCGCGCCGCCCAGCUUCCCAUUUCCCAGAAGGCCGCGGGCGUUCCCGACAUGCCCCGCGGCGGCCGACAACCGCCGGAUUUGAAUCGCGGCACCGCUCGGCGG